GGAUCCUCAAGGCUUGCCAUAGUUGCAGAAGAGAGAGUAGCUCUUUCUGCAACUGCCACGUAUCACUUCUAAGUAUAAUAAGGCAAUGAAAAUGAAAAGCAUUUAUUUUGUUGCUGGUCUCCUUUUAAUGAUAGUUCAAGGCAGCUGGCAAAAUCCUCUUCAGGAUACAGAGGAGAAAUCAAGAUCAUUCAAAGCUUCCCAUUCUGAACCAAUAGAGGAAUCUAGACAGCUGAAUGAAGUGAAACGUCACUCACAAGGCACAUUCACCAGUGAUUACACCAAGUACCUGGACACCAGACGAGCUCAGGACUUUGUGCAAUGGUUAAUGAGCACUAAAAGAAAUGGCCAACAAGCACAGGAGGACAAAGAAAAUAACAAAGUCCCUGACCAGCUCUCAAGCAAUGCAAUCUCCAAGCGCCACGCUGAAUUUGAGAGACACGCAGAAGGCACCUACACCAGUGACAUCACCUCUUAUUUGGAAGGUCAAGCUGCCAAGGAGUUCAUUGCUUGGUUAGUGAAUGGACGAGGAAGAAGAGAUUUCCCAGAAAAAGCUCUUGUGGCUGAAGAAAUGGGCCGAAGACAUGCAGAUGGCACUUUCACGAGUGAUAUCAACAAAGUCCUUGAUGACAUGGCUGCCAAAGAGUUCCUAAAAUGGCUAAUUAACACAAAAGUUACCCAAAGAGACCUUUUGGAAGAAUACCAGUAAAAAUGAAGAAUGAAAUGGGAUAAAUGAAGAUCUUAAUUUCAUCAACUGCCAGUUAUUAAGAGAUUUUGAAAUCUGUAUUCUGUCAUUUACAUUUGUUGUAACAAAGCUAUGUCACCUUGCAUGCCAGGAAAUAAUUGUACUAUAGUUUAGUGUUGCCAAAGGUUUAUAUAUGGAAAACCUGUUGUCUAAGGGAUGGUUUUCUUAACAGCUUUAAGACUGUGAAAGUUCGAUAACUUCACGUUUUCCAUUUAUUAGAACUAAAGUAACUCCAUUUAUAUUUAAGGAUAAAAU